AGUUACACAAGACUAACUCACUACACAGCACCUUCUCUUCCUCCAUCUCUCCAUCCCUAGCUCCCCAUCAUGGCCAAAAAUCUUUUCAUCCUCUUCCUCCUCACCCUCUUAUCCUCUUUGCAGAUUCACGCCAGAGAUCCACAACUUUUCAACAAAAUCCCCAGCAACAAUGGUGCAAAAGAGACCCAAGUGGCAGUACCAACAAGUGAGGAGACAUUGAACAACAAACAAGAACAAGAGCCAAACUUCAUCCCUGAAAACGAAAAUGGUGGCUAUGGUCUUUAUGGCCACGAGUCAGGCCAACUCCCUCCGUCCACCACCACAACCACCAACCCCAGUGGUGAACCCUACAAAGCCACCACUAACCUUCCAUACAACAAUGAACCAAGAGAUUCCUACCCCAAGUACUUGCCCAAGAACUACAACACCGAGUCCAAUGUGACUGAACCGGAAGGUUACAGACCACAAAACAACCAACCAAGAGAAUCCUACCCCAAGUACUUGCCCAAGAACUACAACGCCGAGUCCUAUGUGACUGAACCGGAAGGUUACAGACCACAAAACAAAGAACCAAGAGAAUCCUACCCCAAGAACUACAACACCGAGUCCUAUGUGACUGAACCGGAAGGUUACAGACCACAAAACAACAACUACAACAGCAACAACUUCUACAAUGGUGAAAAUACCUACUACAACAACGAGAAACAAGGUUUGGGUGAAAGCACUUACUACAACAAUGAGCAACAAGGUUUGGGUGAGACUAAAUUGUUGGGCAAUAGCUACACCAAUCCAAGCAACAACAGAAACAACUACUACAACAACCAAAACAACAAGAACAACUAUGGUGCUAGCAACAGUUACUACAAUGGAGAGCAACAAGGUUUGAGUGAUACAAGAUCCAACAGCAACAACUACUACAGUUACAAUGGCGGAAAUGCUAACGGUGGAGCGCAGAAGAAAGGGAUGAGUGAUACGAGGUUUUUGGAAAAUGGCAAGUACUUUUAUGAUAUUAGCAUGGAACAGAUUUUGAACCGUGGCCUAUAUGGAGCAAACAACAGAGGAUACUAUUGGAAUGAUAAUCAGAAUUCUUAUAACAAUUAUCAGGACCAGGAGCAGUUCCAGAACUUCCAGGACGAGGAUGACAUGCCUUGAGAUAUCCCAGCCUUGUGUCAGCAAAGAUGAGAAUGAUUUUGAUUACAUUACAUGUGGUGUUUUGAGAGUUAAAUUAUGCCUAAUUAGCAUAAAAAUGUUUAAAUUGUUAUAGAUUUAUUUAUGGGGUUUUCGUUUGUUUUUUUUUUUUUUUACUAUAGUUAAUUUCAUGCUUUGAAAAAACUACAGUGUGGGAGUAUGAUUCUGUAACUGGCCAUGAUAUUGGGCAAUUCAAUAAAUUGUACAUUAAUUACCUUGAAGUGAACCUUGGAUCAAAGAAAUUCCGUUGGC